AGCCAAUCAGGCGUGUUCUUACAGAGGAACAUCGAACUCUGUGUUCAUGUGUACCAUUCGAACUUCCGGCGUAUUGAGUUUUGUGGACGGAGCUAAAGCUGAAGUUUGAAGUUGUCUGCAGACCAUCCUAAAGACUUGAAUGGACGAUAUUGCAGGCAAGCUAGUGGCCAUGGAUGUUUACGAACCCCAGAUGUUUGCCUUGAUGGUAUUUGGUGGAUUUGUUGUCAUCUCGAGUUUGGUGUACCUUGUCUCGGCAUUUGGGACCAAAGAAAAGAGCUAUGAGGAAGCCAUUGCUGAGCAGCGUGCCCAUUUAGAGAAUGAAAAGCAUAGUAAACCCGAUAGCAAAAGUAAAAAGAAGCCGUUUAAUACCCGUAAGAAAAAAAAGCCGGAGAUUGUGCAAGAAGCUCAGUUGAUUACUCCAGCUCCAGUUGUAAUACCUGUUGAUAUCCCAGUGCCACAGGUUAAGGCUCAGAAGGCACCAAAACAGUCGCCUAAACCUAAGGCUGAGAGUGAUACAAAGCAUAAAAAGGAAGCCAAGACUUCUGAAGAGAAGACAACUCCUAAACCAUCGAAAAAGGAGGUUAAAAAGCAGCCAGUAGUUGAGGCUAAAAAGCAGCCAGUAGUUGAGGCUAAAAAGCAGCCAGUAGUUGAGGAGGUUAUCCAGAAAGCGGCGCAAAAGGCUUCUUUCACGGCUCCUCCUCCUUCUCCUCCUCCAAAAAAAGUGGUGGAGGAGACAAUCAAGGCUGCUCAGUCUGAGCCAGUGAAGAGUGAGCCGCCAAAGCUAAAGACAAAGUCUAAGAAGGAAACAACUGUUGUUGCAAGUGGCUCGGUAAAGGAUCUGGUGGCAGACAUCAAAGCAGCUCGUCUUAAUGACAAAGAGAUCCAACAGCUUAUUGAUACGCUGCUCAAACAGAGUGGCCAAGGCAAUGCCGACCAAUGGACAAUGGCAAAUCAACGAUCUGACCCAGUGUCUUCCCUCAAAAGGCAGCUGCAGGAGAAAGAACAAAUGCUUCAUAAUGAGACUUUGUCAACCCAAGCUUCGGCACAAAAGGUGAAGGAAAUUCGCAUGGAGCUGGCACAAGAGAAACAGCACAGCUUAAAGGUAGAUGCAGAUUAUAAGAACAAGAUAUCUUCAUUGGAAAAGGACAUACAGGCAUUACAUCUGCGCAUGUCACAGACACAUGAGCAACACGGUAAAGAAAGUACCGCCUUCCAAAUGAAGGUAAAGCAACUUCAAGCUUUAGUUGAUGAGAGCAACUCUGGAGUGAUACAGCAACUGCGAGAAGAGAACAACAUGCUGAAGACCGAAGCCAACAGAAAUGUUGCUAAGAAAGAGCAGUUAAUGGGUAACGAGCUAGCCCGCCUUCAAGCUGAAAACAAUAAACUACAAACCCAGUUGUCGGGUAGUAAAGACCAUGGCCAUAAGGUCGAUGAGCUGCGCCAUGGUUACGAGAGUAGGAUUGGACAACUGGAACAACAACUCCAACAAGUUCAAGUUACCCAGAAUGAGAAAGAGAAUAUGCUGAGUAAGAGACUGGAGGAAAUGGGCUCUGAACUGCGUACAUCUGAGGAGCAGAAUGUCAGCCUAGCCAGAGACCUUGAGGUUGCCAAAAAUGCCGCCAAGAUGUCAGCUACUGAGGCCGGUCAAGUUAAACAACAGUUCCAAGAGUUACAAAAGUCCAGUAGUGGAGGGUCCGAGGCACUAAGCUCAUUGGAGGCCAAGUUAAAAGCGGUACAUCGUGAGAAAGCGGAUUUGGACGCAAGGCUGGGUAACGUGCAGGCCCACUUUGCCCAGGAGGAACACAAGUUCACCGAAAAGCUCAAAGAGCUUAAGGAUGCCAAUGCGCAGAAUGACGAGUUGAAAGCUAAACUUAAAUCAUCGCAGGAUCAAUUAAGUAACGGAGAGAAGAUGACGAUGGAAAAAGAUAAACAGAUCCAGGACUUAAAGAACCAGAUUAGCUCAUUGGGUAAUCAAGUUACAGAUCUUAAGAACACUUUAGCAAGCAAAACAGAGAAGGACAGCGCCAUCAACGGACAGGUCCAAGAGACAGAGUCAUUAUUAAAAGAGAAAGAAACCUUAAUUAGUGAACUGCAAGAAAAAGUAAAUAGCAGUCAGUCAGACCUUGGAAAACUAAAAGCAGACAUAGAGAAGCAGAAAAAGAAAAAUGAUGCCCUUCGGGAGAAAAACUGGAAGGCAAUGGAAGCCAUCUCGGCAGCAGAAAAAGUAUCGGAAGAGAAAGUGUCGCAGGCACUGAAGGGUGUCAAGGAGCAGUUAGCUGGAGCUGUGACAACUGAGCAAGCAAGUGCUAGGAACACUCUCAAGACACUCUUCCCAGAAAUAAAUGUAGAUUCUAGUUUAGGCCAUUCUGAAUGGAUAGCUGCUUUUGAAUUACAAGCUAAAGAUCAUCUUAGUAAACCAGUUGUCGUAGACCAAUCAGAAACUGUUGAUAAACUUAAUAGUCAAAUAGCUACUGCUGAGGAAGAGAAGACUCAACUAGCUUCUCAGUGUCAACAUUACAAGAAAGUAUUAGCUGAUACGGAGAAAAUCUUGAACCAGCUACAAGCAUCUGUCCAAUCAGAAGAAAGUAAAUGGCAUGGCAAAUUAACUGUGGCAGAAACUGAACUUAAACAGACAAAGACAGAGCUUGCCUCUCUAACAGAAGAGAUUGAGUCGGCCCAAGAGUUGCGUUUGCAGGCAGAUAAAACUGAAAAGUUAAACCAAAAUUUGCUGUCCGAGCUCAAGUCAUCACAGGAAAUAAUUCAGCAACUCUCGCAAGAGAUCAUUUCCGUCUCAAAUGCCAACGAUUCUACAAAUAAAGUUUUGGAAGUAGUCCAAUCUCAGCUGAAUCAAGUUCAAAGCGAUAUUGAUACGGCCAACAAAGAGUCCAUAGACAAGCUAAGUGCUGAGGUUGCAGACUUAAAAACAAAACUUGAAAUUGAGCAAGAGAAAAAUCGAAAGAUGUCCGAAGACCUCUCAAAAGCAGCUGAAUCAGCAGCCGUUCCAAAUGACCAACUCGCAGGCGAUCUUUCCAGGGCCAAAGAGGCUGAAGCCGCAGCUAAGAAGAGUUUAGGAGAGGUGACCGCUGAGCUAGAGUUAGCCCGCAAAGUUGCUGAUGAAUCGGCCAAGGGAGUAGAACAGCUUAAGAAAGAUCUUGAAGCAGCUAAGCAUGCACUGGAAACAGCCAAUGAGCAGAAAAGCAACCCUGGAGAUGAUCUUGAUGUUCUCACAAAGGAAUUAGAAGAGACAAAAGCAGCAUUACAAAAAGAGAAGAACAUGACGAAAGAGCUAGGGACAGCAGCUGCGAAGCUGCAGAACAUGUUGAAGAAGAACCAGGGUCUGCUGACAGCUGAAAGAGACAUCACCAAAGACCUGAAGGCAAAGCUUGGUCAAAUGGAUGCUGAGGGAAAGUCGUCACUCACGGACAAGGAGAUGGAGCAACAGCUAGUAGAUGCCGCUAAAGAGGAUAACUCCCAAAAUGGUAAAGAAGAACCCAAGACAACAGAUGUCACAGGAUCUGCAGUGUAGAGCCUACUCACCAAUCCGUAAAUCACAAAAAAAACAAAAAAAAAACACCAUGAACAAAUUACUGAUUAAUGUAAAGAUGGUAAUGAAUCGGUGAUCCAAUCAAACCAUUUCUACAUUCUAUACAAGAUGGUUAAUGACAGCUAAUAUAUCAGUUUUUUUGGGAAGCGAAUGAAUUGUCUUUUACUCUUUUUUUUGUCUUACUUUUUACUACUUUUUUUCUUUUUAGUAUGUUAAUAGAUUAGAUAUUUUACUAAAGUGAAGAAGAAUGAAUUUAUAUGUCAAGAUUUUAAUGAAUAUUUUUAGGAGGACACAUGACAUUAAUACACAGCUAUGUAUUAUGUUCUUGCUUUGUUUUUGUUACUUUUCUUUUUCUCAUUGUUACAAUGAGAGUAGAAGUGGCUGAUUGACACUGGACAUGGUAUAAAUAAAAUAGAAACAAUUUCUGUAUAAUUAAUAGAAUUUGCACUGCUAGUUAUUGAGACUUUAUAGUAACUGAUGACUGUAUAGCUGUUUGCUUUUUCCCCUUCACAUGAUGGAUACAUUCACAACAGUCUGGUAUUCUCAACUACUAUCCCAAAAAAUGCAAAAAAAUUAGUCUUUGACCAAAAUUUAAGCAAAUUUCAAUAAACAUUUCAAGUAAAAAUUUUAUUUCUAAUAUAAAUUUGAAGUUUUAUGUCGAUGUUUAUAAAAGUUUACAAUUUAAUGAUUUAUAAAUUUGAGGCCUAGACAAGAAUAGAUUUUGACGGAAAGAGAAUUAUAGACUCUACAAGCGCUUUUGUUUUUUACUGUGUUCACUGGAAAUAUCCCUUAAAGAUAAGCAUAUUCGUUCAGUAUAUUCCUUCACCAGCAGUGGAUAUAUUUUCUGAUACAUUAUACAGAGCAUCAUUUAUUAUACGCAAUCUAUUGUUCUUGUUGAUAACUCAUUGUACAGUAAAGAAUUUCUUCAGGAUUCUAAGCUGGAAAGAAUACUAACAAUUUCUUGCAUUUACUUCUGGAGUUUGGAUUCGGGACAUUUCAUAAAUGUAUGAUUUGUCAUCCUGUCCCCCAAAGAAGCUCCAAUUAAUUUAUAUUUCUAGAAAUUUAUGAAUAUGAUAUAGUUCAGAAUUAUGAUAUAAAUUGUUGAAUAGGAAUCCCUUGAGGUCUGCAAUGUAAUCAGUAAUGUGGAAAAAUCUGUUCUAUGUUUAAUCUUCCAAUUUUCCCUUUGCUGAUAUCUCACAUCUUCCAACUUUUCUUUGUUAAACUUGUUUCCUCUGUUAUCUUUAUGAUGAAAAUUUUGCCAGAGAUAUAAAUUUGCCAGGGAUUCAGAGGAAGAACAGCACCUUUCUGUCCAUAUAUAAGUGUGCUGUAGUUUGAAUUUAAAAGUGCAUAUAAAAUAAUUUGUUUUAUACUUUUGACAACUUGCCUUGGUGAUGUUAUAUGUUGCUAGGCAACAUAACUGUCCAGAUUGAAACAGUAAAAUAAAACAAUGUAAAUAAAGUGUAAUGUAUUUGGGUAUAGCGCCCUCAACAUGGAUAACAUCUGACUGUAUUUGUUGAAUGUUAAACUGGAGGUCUAAUUAAUCAAUUUGUUAAUAGAGUAUAAGAAAUUGACAUUAUAUACAGUAGCAAAUUAAUUUAGAACAAAAAUAUAUGGUAUUCAUAUGUAUCAUUGCUUUUUAAAUUAUGAAAUAUGAAACAAAUGGAUAAUGUUCAUGUUUUGUCGGUGUUUAAAAUUAUUUGUGCAGCAUUAAUUAUCUAAAGUGCUUUUAUUUUAUAUUAGGACAAGUCUAUUAUUUUACAUCUUUUUCUAGUCUUCUUUUCGACUUGUAGUGUUAAAAUCUGAAGAAAAAUAUAUUCCUGUAAACUGCUAUUUAAACAAGCAAAAUUUAUUAAAUAGAUGCAAGUAGAACUCUUUGAGAAUUGGUGUAAAUCAAGUGGUCAAAUGUAAAAAUUAAACUUUUACUUUUAACCAAUCUGACACUAUAUUUUUGUCUGUGAUUCAUAUAAAAGUAUGAAAACAAAAAAACUAGUAAAUUGGUUUUGAAUUGAAUCUCAUUGAAAUUCUGUACCAAAUUAUGCUCUUUAUACCUUUAAAAAGUUGUUUUAAAUAUACCAUUACAAAAUAUUUAGAUUUUAAUUAUUAUUAGUAUUCAAACACUUACGGCUGUAUUCAUAUGAGAAUAAUUCACUGUGGCAAUGGUACGCAAUGUUUUGUCAAGGAUUUUAAGGUAGAAACAUGUAUUUUAAUAUUUUAUUUUGCUUCUUUAAUCCUUUAUUUGUGUAUGCACGAUACCCAGUCAUUCCAAUUGCAAAGCAUACUUGUUCUACUUAAAUAAGGUUAUGAAAUUGCAUGUAGUAGAUCAGAGGUAUAGGUCUGGAUCCUAUCUUGUUUCAUAUUCUGUUGAUACUGCAAAAUUAUAUCAAUGGCAGAUUUGUUUGUUGUCCUGUGUAGUAUUGUGACAUUAAAGGCGCUUCCCAU